AAAACAGGCGUGGUUCCCGACGCAUGGCAGCUAUUACCCUUACUGUUGCCGAUGAGGAGGGAAAUGCAGCCUCUCUGCAGGAUACUGUGGAGGCAUUGAAGGCUCUUGUAGAGAUCGAGAUGCGUGUGCCCUCUGCGCAACAAGUCUUGCUGAAGGACGGGGCCCCCCUAGCUCCUGGUGCACGCCUCGGGGCGCUUGGCGUGGCCGACAACGACUUUCUCUUCCUGGUCCGCGACAAUAGCAACGCGAAUAUUAGCGGCAUGAGUGGUCGUGACACAUCCACAAGCAGUGCCACCACAGCGACAGCGACGGCCUCGGCCGACGCGGGCACUGGCAGGGUUGGCCCUGCCAGUGCGGUCCACUCCUUGAAGGACCUUCCCGCUGGGUUGGGGCCCGAGCAGCUCAUGACCACCAUCAAGGCCAACGGGCGCCUUCUGGCCGAGCUCCAGCACCACAACGCUCCGUUGGCCGCGGCCAUCGCGACGGGCGACGUGGUCAAGGUCCGGUCAGUGCAAAUGAAGCAGAAGCUGGAGGCAGUCUCGCGGCGGGUGGAGGAGCAGGAGGCCAUCCGGGCUUUGGAAGCGAACCCGAUGGACCCCGAGGCCCAGCGGAAGAUCGAGAGCAUGAUCCAGAGGGAAAAUGUGCACCGGAACAUGGAGCUGGCCAUGGAGGAGAUGCCGGAGGCCUUCGGGUCGGUGGUGAUGCUGUACGUGGAUGUGCAUGUGAACGGGCACCCGAUCAAGGCCUUCGUGGACUCCGGGGCACAGAGCACCAUCAUGUCCGCCGCCUGCGCGCUCCGAUGUGGCUUGAGCCGUCUCAUCGACACUCGCUUCGCGGGCAUCGCCAAGGGCGUAGGCACGUCCAAGAUCCUGGGUCGUAUCCACAUGCACACACUUAAGGUGGGUGAAAGUCCCCUCUCCCCACUUCAUGGGCUC